AUGGCACAGGAUUACUCGGACCCAGAGCUACAGUUAGCUCUAGAAUUGAGCAAGAAAACAUUUGAAGAGGAGGAGCGGCGGCGGAAUGAGGCGCAGGAUUUGAUUCGUUUCGAAUCUCCUGAAUCACCUGUACGAAGGGAACAAAUCAAACAAAUUAAUCGACUAUACAGCCAGCCUAGUUUUGAGUCAUAUCUAACGCCCACCCAUGAUUUCACGCAAACUUACCAUACUAUUUCUGCUACCCAAGGCUAUACUUCCCAACCACAACACUCUAGAACAAUGCACCCUUCAACACUAUUCCCUUCUGCGUCAUCACAUUCAUUCGAUGAUCGAUCUUACUUGUAUAAUACUGCUCCUUCUUGUUUACCUCCUAUUGUACCGCCAUUACCUCCCAAGGGCCACUAUAGUAAUGUAUUUCCUCCAGCGCCUGAUUUGAACAUGCGCUACGACACUCCUCCUCCUCUGCCGCCUAGACUACAUUCAACAAUUAAUUCACGAUCACUUAACAACAUUCCAUCUAUAUAUCCUGUUCUUCCUUCGUCUAGUUCACACUCAUCUAGUGCUGUAAGGGAUGAGUUCGAGCUGUUUCCAACGCCGAGGUAA